AACAGGCGCCGUCGACUUGAAUCAGAGCCGGGUGUUUGGGCUCCUCAGCCAGCCAAGCUCAUCCACAGCUGCCACCAGCAUCCACUCGCCUCCUGAGUUUCCUGCCUCCUCGCCGCCUUUCGUUUUGCUUCUGCUUCAUAACCAGCUCUGGCUCGAGAAUAGCCGUUCUUUACAAUACAAACGAGCUCCAUAUCGACGCCCUGCGCAUCAUCGAGGGUACCUGGGGCGCUCAACAGCCUCUGUUCUCUUCUCUUCUUUGACCGUCAUGAGCUGGUUCACCAGUCUUUUCUCGUCUUCAUCCAAAACCUCUCGAAAUUCCAGGACCGCCAUGUCCUCAACACAUGAGGCCUUCAGUCUCCCGACGUCUUCACCCAGCCAGACACAUCAUCCGGAUGCUUUCAGUCCUUCUGCUCUCCAUACCGCACAGUCUCAUACUCUUUCCAGCCCGACAUCAUACUCCUAUCCCCCGCCGUCUCCUGUAGGUUCAUACGACUACGUGCCCAACCCUUCCAAUUCUCGUUCCCGGGAGUCCUCUCUUUUACCCUUGCAUAACCCACCGAGGACUCCUCCAUACCCUCCCCUGGAACAGACUUGGAAUCGGUUACGCUCAUGGCUCUCCACUGAAUACCCAGAGCUUGGCGAUACCCUCAACUUUGGCAUGUUACCUCAAGACCUUGCACAAGUCGAAAUGGCUUUCGGGUUCGCAUUGCCGGCACCUGUACGGGAAUCUUAUCUGUGCGUUGAUGGUCAAGAACCGGAAUCUGCUGCGGGCUGCUCGGAAGGAUUGUUUUUCGGUCUCACACUCUUGCCGCUGGAAGAUGUUCUGGAGGAAUGGAGGUUCUGGAGAGAAGUGGAUGAUGAUCCCAAUACUGGCGCAAAUGCAAGACUCAGGGAGAUGAUGCAGUCAAUACCUCCUGGUUGGGUAAGACGGGAGUAUUCAUCAAGAGGUUGGAUUCCGUUGGUGGCGGAUAAGGCUGGGAACUAUCUAGGUAUUGAUAUGAACCCUGAUGAAGGUGGUGCAGUCGGGCAGGUCAUCGUCUUUGGACGUGAUUUUGACACUAAGGUAGUGAUCUGGCGAGGAGAUGGACCUGGUGGGUGGGCAAAAUGGCUUGCUUCAUUUGUGGAGGACCUAGAAGCUGGAGAAGGAUACGAGAUUGGUGGGGAUGGCACCAGUGAAGGAAGCGAAGACUCAAUUGGUUACGAGAGCUAUUUCUACGACGGUGUCGGAAAGGGUAUGGGAAAUAGUGGAGGCGACAGUGGUACAGGCGGUAUGAAAUUGGCAGGAGAGUAUAAGGGUUGGAAUGUUUUGGAGGCAUGGGCAGACCGCAGCGUCCGCAGGUGGCACGAAGCUGGCAUCAUUCCAGAUCCAGUUGUGCCACAACCAGACAAGGGCAAGUUGCCGGAGAACAUUGCACCAAAUGUUGUUAACCUUCCAGAUGGCAGUGGUGCUCAGGUCCCCAUUCCCGUGCUAGUUGAGGAUGAAUCGACGACACCUCUUGGAAACGCGACGAAUCGCGAGACCGCUCCGAAACAGUCAAUACCGACGAUCUCUGUUACCAAACCUCCUGCCCCUGCUCCCUUUGACCUCCCCACUGCUGACGAUAUUCUUGUCACUUCUGAGUCUGAGACGCCUUUAGCAGAACCGGACUUGGAAGCAGGGGGUGAUAUGGUGAUGCGUGAGAUCAUCAUUCCUCCUCAAACAUCUCCUGUCUCUCCAGGUCGUACUACGCCGGCUGAGGUUCGCCAGGCUGUCAACGUGCCGCUUCCGUCAUCUCCUAUCCCUCGAAUUCUAACUUCUUCUCCUGAUUCGGUCACUCCUCCCGCACCAGCUGUGUCUGAUUUAUUGGAGGACCCUGCACCGAUGUUGCCAACGCCCACUAUUACACCUUCACCAACCAGCUCGUCUGCCAACCCACCGGAGGGUGACAAACCUGAUUCUGCAAAAUCAGAUGAGGAGUCUCCGGUCAUGGUCUCCGCUGAGGACUCCAUUGAUGCCUCUUUGGACACGACCAUCCGGUUGGUGGGAGGUGGAGGAAUCACAGGUUCCUCAGACUUGUCACAGGACGGCGUUCUUGUGUCAGAGCCAGAGGAGGAAGCGAUUGAAGUUCCUCUGACUGAUAUUCCGUUGGCGUCUUCUACCGAGACCGUUAAGAAACACCAGAAGAAGAACAGUACAUCGUCCAAGAGGUUCAGUAUUUUGAGUAAACGGAGAAAGGACUCAGUGAACAGUACAAAGGAAGUGGUCUAAACUAAUGCGCUGGUUUGCAUUGUUUCUUUACUUGAUAACAUAUCUCGAGAGUUAGCAAUGUUCCGACAUGGUUUUCUUAUGGACAGUAUUCAUUCGCCUCUCCCUAAUAUCACUCAUACGUUCCUCUCAUUCUUACCGCCCUCUUUUUAUUCGAGCAGCAUUGUAUAGUCACCUAUACCCGUAGCUAUACGUUUUUGACUCUCUUUAUCACUCAUCUGCACAUCAGUCAUACCUUGGUUAUCCCUGCAAUCCUCAGUAAUAGAUCUCCCUUACAUCGUGUCAACUGUGAAGUUUCGAACGUUCAACAUUCAACAUGUUUGUGCGGGUUGCCUUUUUUGGACAUU